GAGACGCUGAUGGGGUAGAAGAGAAAAAAGAAGGGAAAGAUUGAGAAAGGGAUAAAAGAACGACAUACCAGAGAUUCCCUGGCUGUCAACCCUAGCUAUCGGCCAUUAUCCUUUCCCAUCUGCGUAGAUACAGCACAAACCUCUGGAUUAUUUACCAGCCUCUCUCUCUGUGAGUGUGUGGGUUUGCUGAGCUCACCAUGCUGCUACUGCGGUGGUGUCCUGCUGGUGUCAGUGUCAGUACUGCAGGCUGGAUCUUGCUGGGGCUGACUCUGACUCUGGAGCUGUCUCUACCAGUCACGGCACUAUCAGAACCAGACCCAGGCUUCUCCCUCUGCAGACAGAGCUUCUACAGACAGACCCCCCCUCUGGGCGGGGGGGCCCUCCUGACCCCCAUCUGUCACAGGCUGCCAGGGGGACAGUUGUUUGCCACGCUCUACCACCCGACCUGUGACGCAGCUGUUUACUCUGCGUUUCAUCUCAGCCAAGGAUGGGGGGAGAGAGGAGGAAAGGAGGAGAGGACAGAGAAGGAGGAAGAGGAUGCCAGAGGGGAGGAGAAAGAGGACGAAGGGUCCCAGAGUCCCCCCCUGGUGAUGAUCCCAGCCCUGCUCCGAGGGGAUGUGGCGGGGGGUAAACCCCAAGCUCACUCUGACUCUCCCCUUCACCAGUGGGACUCCCUGGUCACAGAGCUGAUCCAGAGCAGCGUUCUGCCCCAGUGUGGCUCCACAGGGGGCCAGCUCUACGUCCUGACAGGGGCCACAGGGCUCAGGCUGGGGCCCGGGAUGGAGGAGGGUGGGGAUGGGGGGUGUGAGGCUGGGGUGCAGUGGUCUGCAGUGUGCUGUGCUGGCCCAGAGGGACAGAGUGGGUUCAGUGUGGGGGUAGUGAGAGAGACGGGUGGAGUGGAGAGGGUGGUGAGUGUUAAGGAGCUGGAACACAUGAUUGGAGUGACAGAUCUAUUUUCAGAGGGUUGCGGGGAAGCAGAUGGGGACACGGAGGGAGACAUAGUGAUACUGCUCAGUGAUGCGAUGGUCGGAGUCGUAGAAAAGCAGAAAGCAGUCGCAAGGCCAGACGCCAUUGAGGAAACACUAGAUGAGACUACUGAUCGAAGCCUAGAGGCACUACCUGCUGACACAGAACCUCUCAUCCCUCCCUCAGAGGACAACGAGACACUGGCCUCUGAGUCGGACACAGAGUCGUCCGGCAACCCUCUGGUGUAUAUCAUCACCUCCUCUGUCUCCCUGCUCAUGGCCCCUCUACGCCCUGUAGUCUCCACCCUCAUUGGGAUCCCUGGACAGGUGGCCUUUGUCCUACAGGAGGACCUGGGGGUCCUGUCUGCCCUGCCAGGCGACAUCCUCUCUGUGUUCUACAACAUGGCGUCUGACCUGGUGUCUGGAGUCGGCUCAGUCACAGGCCUGAUACUUGGAGUGGGGGAGAUGUGCUUGUCCACUCUGUACUGCAUUACAGCCCCUCUCGUUGGCUCCCUGUUCACCAGCUGCCAGGACGGGGUCACAGGGGUGGGCACCCUGGCCUGGGAUGGGGUGGGCAUAUUCGGGAGGAUCUUUGACAACGCCUGGUGGGUGUCCAGGGUGGUUGGGGACCAGGCGUGGGAGCAGGGUGGGGGGUAUGUGGGGUCGGUGGUGUCUGAGAUGGGAGGGCAGGUGAAGGCAGUGGGUGGGGGAAUGGGGAAGCUGGCGUGGAGGUGUGGGAAUGGGGUGGGGAACAUAGUGAGUUUGGCAGGAGGGCUGGUAGUAGGGAGUGCGGAAACGGUUGUGGAGAAUGUGAUGGAGGCCUUUGGGCAGGACCAGAACGGUGGAUGGUUUAGGUCUACAGAGAAUGUUCAUCAAUAA